UUUCUGGGUUUUGAGUGGUUUUAGUUUGCUGUUAUAGAUUAUCUGAAUGCAUUGCGAUGAUGUUGAGUUCCAAUGUCAGAUCAACUAAAUUUCAGAUUAGCUGGUGAAAGUUGAGAUGAACUUCUGCGUGCAGUCUUGCUAAUUCUGGUCAAUUACUUGCUCUUCACUGAGUUAAAGGAAGUGCAGGGAAUUGCAUGUCAUGAAAGACUUGUGAUUGAGAUUAUCUAAUGAUAGAAAAGGAAUUAAGGUUCUUUUUCUUGAUUGUGCCCAAGCUUACUAGUUCCGAAUCCGUCUCCAUUUAUCUGUUUGUUGUUAAAAUAUGAAGGUGGUUAAAAUUUUAAAGGAAUUUGGUUCACAGCAUGGAUAGUGUUAUGCCUAUGGGGUUGUGGAAAUGUUGACACCUGAACUACUACCAUGAGCCAGGCCGAAGUACCAAGGGCGAAGCCGCCUCUUGUUCCACUCGCAGCCUUAAUUGGUCGUGAGCUAAGGAACGAGAAGCUUGAGAAACCUUUCGUGAAGUAUGGACAAGCUGCUCUUGCAAAGAAAGGGGAGGAUUACUUCUUAGUUAAAACCGAUUGCCAAAGGAUUCCUGGAAACCUGUCUUCUUCGUUUUCUGUCUUCGCGAUUUUCGAUGGACACAAUGGCAUCUCGGCGGCCAUUUUUGCAAAGGAGCACUUAUUGGACAAUGUCUUAAAUGCAAUUCCUCUAGGAGCUAGUAGAGAAGAAUGGCUUCACUCCCUUCCUCGAGCACUAGUUGCUGGUUUUGUGAAGACUGAUAUAGAAUUUCAGCAGAGAGGUGAAACCUCUGGAACGACCGUGACAUUUGUUAUCAUUGAUGGAUGGACGAUUACUGUUGCCUCUGUCGGGGAUUCUCGAUGCAUAUUGGAUACUCAAGGAGGCAUAGUAUCCCUCUUAACGGUUGAUCAUAGGCUUGAAGAGAAUGUCGAAGAGAGGGAGCGUGUGACUGCAAGUGGUGGAGAAGUUGGAAGACUCAAUAUUUUUGGGGGUAAUGAGGUUGGUCCGUUACGGUGCUGGCCUGGUGGGUUAUGCCUAUCGAGAUCAAUUGGUGACACUGACGUCGGGGAGUACAUCGUUCCAAUACCACAUGUUAAACAAGUGAAACUCUCGAAUGCUGGUGGAAGACUGAUCAUUGCUUCAGAUGGUAUCUGGGAUGCCUUAUCUUCCGAUAUGGCUGCCAAGUCUUGUCGAGGUUUACCUGCAGAGCUUGCUGUUAAGUUAGUUGUUAAGGAGGCUUUAAGGUCAAGGGGCUUGAAGGAUGAUACAACAUGUCUUGUUGUUGACAUCAUUCAAUCAGACCGUCCUAUCUUACCCACAACACCCCGGAAAAAGAACAAUAUGCUCGCUUCACUCUUCAUUGGAAAGAAAUCUCCGAGUUCUACUAACAAGGCAGCGAAUAAGCUUUCAGCUGUUGGUGUUGUCGAAGAGUUGUUUGAAGAGGGUUCCGCCAUGCUUGCAGAGAGACUGGGGAAAGAUUUGCCUUCAGACAGAAACGCUGGCCUCUAUAGAUGUGCUGUCUGCCAGGUGGACCAAACGCCAGGAGAUGGUUUCUCAGUGAACUCGGGUCCUUUUUUUGCACCUGGAUCAAAGCCAUGGGAAGGUCCCUUCCUGUGCACUAAUUGUCGGAAGAAGAAAGACGCAAUGGAAGGGAAGCGGCCAAGCAGACACACAGUGACUGUGUAAGCAAAGCAAAUCAAUCAAUGUCUGGUAACAAGAGUACAUAACCGCCAAAUGUUAUUUCUUUUUUUCCUAGACGGGAGCAUGCUUGAUUUCUUUUUGUUGCGAGCUUCUCGUAUUGAUUUGUAAUCCAAUGUGUAAGAAAUGAGUAGGGUUUUAGAUGGAAUAGGUACUUUGAUCAUUUUACUUUGUUUUCCCCCCAGUCGUUUGUGCUGCUGUUGAUGUGCCCGGUUUGUGCCCUCACCCUUUGUAACAGAGGACUGAGUUUGCCUUCUGUCUGGAUAGGAUAGAUAGAGAUGUGGGUUUGCCUUUUGUCAUAAUUCGAUUGAUUGAAUUGCUAAAAGCUUGAUGAAGAAUUUGUAAGUAAAGAAUUUCAAGGAUGGCUUUUGCUGAUAUAUUUUUUUACCACCACAGCAUGCAGAAAGCUUCCUCCUUUGGAUUGAAUUGGGAAGACACGAGCCAAUAUCAAAAUCAUAAUUCUUUCACAUGAUUCAUUACAUCAUAGUGCAUAGUUCGGG